AUGUUAUUGGAAGACGCAAAUUAUUGCUGCACUCCCCUGGGAAAGGCGGCGGCGGCGGCGGCGUUCCGACAACAGACAGCGGGUGUCAGCCGCCACGUGCUACCCAAGGCCACUCGCUUAGUGUCAAGGUCAUUGCCACUCCAGUACACGCGGCACCCACGCUUCUCUGUCACCACAAAUAGAAACAACCCACUCGGCUUCCUCGCCACACACCACCACAUAAGCACCAGAUCACUGAGUCAUGGAGAGUUAGCGAAUAUAGUAUGCGGGGUGAGUGGUGGUGUGGAGACGAAGGCUGCGGAGUGCAUGACGGGCGAGUGCCGGGCGCGGGGCGCGGGGUGCGGGGCGGCGCGCCGCGGGCCGCCACUUCUCUGUACUCGAAGAGCCCCGGUACACCUCGGUUUCCGGCCGGCGCUCCCUCGCGGCUCCGCAAGUGUCCCGCCGCGCCAGGCCCGCGUGCCGGCCACGUGGCCCGAUCCCGGUGACGAGUUGCGACACCUCGCUCCUCACGCGUACCUCUAUCCCAUUGAUAAAACCCCG